UGGUAGAUUGAUGGGAUGUUUGUUUUUUCACAGCAAGCUGCCGCUCCGGCUCGGGCUACGCGAAGCAGGGGGAAAUCCUCCCCGGUUGAUGAUGUGGAGAAGGAGGACUCGAGCGAUGCGGGUAUGGUGGAGGUGAUUGAAAUUCUGGACGAUGAAUCCCAGAGUGGCAAAUCCGUUGAGAUGGUUUCGGUAAAUUUGGAAGAUGAACUUCCUUGUUCGCUGAUCGUUAAAGGGCCCGAUCACUCGAAAACGGACCCGACGUCGAAAAAGGGCGAAUGUAUUGUUGAAGCGAUGGAUUGCGAUAUCGAUGAUACGAUAACAAUCGUAGACUCGAAGGAGGAUUUGGCCGAAGAGAAUACAUUUUACGUGGUCGUGGAUAAAACGGACAGUGUGGAACUGGUGCAGCCAUCGACCAGCAGCAAGAAGCCCGAGGAGGAACCGCCGGUUGGCCAGGAUGACAAACCGGAGCCUCCGACGAGGAAGUCGAAACGGCAGGUUAAGGUGACCAACAAAUACCGCGAUUUCGUGGUAGAUGCUCCGCUGCCCUCCUCCCAGGUGCCGUAUUCCGACAUAAAGCUGGCCCGUGGAAAUGGAGGAGGUCGCAAGUCUCACGUCAAAGAGGUGGAACAGGUCUCGAUUUGCGAAGAUUCUUCCAUCGGUGACCAGGACUCGGUCAGUGUUGUGGACGAUUUGGGUCCAGAUUCGCCAACGUUGACUAUUCGACCACCAGUGCGGACUUACAGCAGUGGCAAGAAGGAUAAAUCCGCGACCAAGUACAGGAGGAAAAGUAUUAAGUCGGGUCCGAAAGAGGUUCGUACCCGUAAAAAAGCCGACUGGUCAGAGCAGCUCGAAGCGGACGAAACGAUAGAGUUGCCCGGACCGGAUGAUAUGAGCGAUUCUACGCUAACCCUGCACUUCGACAGCAGCCACUUUACGGACGAUGAAGUCAUCAAGUACGCUUCUCCGUCGCCAACCGAGUUUUACGGCUGGCCAGAUGAUGAAUUUGACGCGGCGGCAGCCGGACCAUCAACCUCUACGUUGUCAACCAUUUCCGGCUUUGCCUCCGAUCCUUGCAUAUUCGCUGAACUUCCGGCUCAACUCGAUGAACCGAUUGCAGAAGUUCAAGAGCCAAAAGUCAUUAAACCAGUUCCUAAGCGCCGUGGAAGACCGCCCAAGUCGGAGCAAGCGAGUCCGGCGAUAUCAGUCGCCGAAGAGCCCGCGCGACCUGCAGGAUCUACCUUCAUCAAACGAUCGUACAAAACAACAAAGCCAAGUCCGGUUGCGCUGACUCCAGUCACCACCGUUUCUCCCACGGAUGCGGCCACAUCCGUCAAAGCGCCAACAGAUCUCAAACCGGAAGUGGAGCAACCGGAAGAACCCCAACUACCACCCGCACCGGCGAUCGCCGAAGAUGUGGACACUGCCGUUAAAAUAGUCGAACCGACCGAUGUCGUGGUGCUCCAAGCCGACGAAAUAAUCAACAUUCCGCGGCGUAGGCGCCGAAUCCGUGGCGGAAGACGCCCAACCCCGGCCGAUGGACCACCGCGCCGAGGACGAAGCCGGCCCGACUCUUCGCUAGAUCUCGACGAAGAUUCGCCCGAGGAAUCGAAAUCGGCCGAAGUGGUCGAUAUUGAGCAGGUGGAAGAAAUUCCCGCCAAAGUUGUCGUUCCUGAAGUUAUUAUGUCUGAAGAACCAGCGAUUGUUCCGGAGGAACCCAAAAUCGACACAGUCGUUGUUCAGCCUCCCCAAGAAGAAGUCACUGCCGAGAUUAAGAAACCGGAAGAACCAACCGCACCCUCACCGAAGAAGACCAAACCCAAAUCGGACUCCAAGCGCGAUUCGUCGGCGGAAAAUCGACCUCACGGAUCCAAGUCGUCCAAACAGCGCUCCCGGUCCACGUCGGUUGCCGAGCGGCCCAAAAAGGAACCGGAGCCAGCCAAACCACCGGCGGAGAUGCCUCCCAAAUCCCCGGAAGACGUUAUUAUUUUGGAUUCGAAGGAAAUCAUUCUGCCAGAGGAAGCUCCGGCGGACGCCACUCCAACUGCCCCCAAGGAAGAGAAGAAAGUCAGCAAAGAAGACGAAACCAAAACUCCUAAAAAGGCGGAAAAGUCGCAAAAGGAGUCCCAUCGGGACAGUUCCUCCAAGAGUCACAAAAAGUCCAAGGAAUCGCGGGAGCGAUCCAAAGAUUCGGCGCGCAAAGAUCGUGACCACUCCAAACCGUCCAGCAAAGAUCGCGAAAAGGACAAAAAGCGAUCGUCGGACGGGGGCAAGCGCGAAAAGGCUCCCGAGGAAAAGAAGGCCGACAGUCGCAGGUCAACCGUCGAAGUGGACAGAAAGCCAGUCGAGAAGAAACCGGCGGAGCCGGAAAAGAAGGAAAAGCCUGCCACGCCCGUUCCGGAGAAACCCAAGCUGCCCGAGAAGCCGAAGAAAUGUUUCGACAUGGAACUGCAAGCGCUGGAGCCGAUCAAGAAGCACCGCUCGGCGGACGACUCGAAACGCUCCAAGGAAAAGUCGCUGGACAAGCAGAGGCAACGCGUUGAGAAAAAGGUUGAGGUUCCCAAGAAGAAGCUGACGGAGCUUAAACAGAGCAAAGAUGCGAAGCCGGAAAAGAGUCGCUCAACGGACACGUCCCCGGUUCCGUCGAAACAUCACGGUUCGUCCAGCUCGAAAAAGGAUGCUUCCUCGCAGCAUCGAAAGCGAAGAAAGAGUGUCGCCGGAGCGUUGCUUGAAGACAAGGCGAAGGACGAGCCGAAGCGGGAAAGCCUCCUGGAAGGUGUGGCUCCCCAGGACGCGGACAAACCUGAGGUGAAAGAGGAAAAGUUCGCCGAAGGCGAGGCCAAACAGGAACCGGAACACCCGGAUGCACCCCGCGUUGCCACGAAAGCAUCGCGAAAGAUGUACCAGAACGUCGAGGAAUUGCAGAUGGCUUCGUCGAUCGAGUCCGUUCCGUCCGAGAAUAAGGUUAAGCCUGAGGUCAAACCGGAGGACGUGCAACUGCAGCAAAUUGCGGACGAGUUUGACAGCAGCGUGCAGAUUUCCGGUCCUCGGCCGGAAGUGGCACUGAAGGCGUUCGAGAACAUCACGCUAGCGGAGGUGGAACCGAAGCAGGAGGAGGAACCGGCACCUCCACCACCGCAAACCAUUUCCCCACCCUCGCAGGAGCUGUCCAACGAAGAUUCCAACUCGAACUCGACCAUGGACAGCUUGAAGGAGCAGCAGAAGGUCGAUCUGGACGAUAGCUCGAUUCGGCGUUCGUCGCGCAUCAAAACGAUAAGCUCGCAGAAGCAGCGAACGAGCGGGCAUGGGUUGGUCAAGGACCGGGAUCGGUUCCUGAAGAAGACGACCAUUUCGGUGGGUAUUGAGUCGAAGGUGCUGAAGGAUGCGCUGACGGGCAAUUUCAACGUGGUCUCGACGGGCGAUGGAGAGGGCGAGGGGGAUGUGAACGUGACCAACAUUGAGCUGUCGGACGAGUAUCUGCGGGACAUGGAGGAGAAGCUGAGCCGGUUCGAGACCAUUCGGGAGAAUAUGUAUCACUGUGAUAAGGUGAUUAGUAAGGAGGCGAAGAAGAUGAUGUGCGAUUGCUUCCUGACGGAGGAGGAGAAGGAACGCGGGGAGUUGGGAUGUGGCGAGGACUGUCUCAAUAAGCUGCUGAUGAUCGAGUGCGGGUCGCGUUGCGUUGUUGGAGAGAGAUGUACGAACAAACGUUUCCAGAAGCUGGAGUACGCGAAUACCCAGGUGUUUCGAACGGAAAAGAAGGGCUUUGGUAUUCAGGCCAGCACGGAGAUCGCUCCGGGUGAGUUCAUAAUGGAGUAUGUGGGGGAGGUGCUGAACAGCGAACAGUUUGACGAGCGGGCCGAACUGUACUCCAAGGAGAAGAACAAGCACUACUACUUUAUGGCGUUGCGAAGCGAUGCGAUCAUCGACGCCACCACCAAGGGUAACAUCUCGCGGUUCAUCAAUCACUCGUGCGACGCGAACGCCGAGACUCAGAAGUGGACCGUCAACGGUGAGCUACGCAUCGGAUUCUUCAGCACCAAGUACAUUCUCCCCGGAGAGGAAGUCACGUUUGAUUACCAGUUUCAACGGUACGGCCGGAAGGCUCAAAAGUGUUACUGCGAGGCGGACAAUUGUACCGGUUGGAUCGGAGGCGAUCCUGGCAGCGAUGGCGAGUCCGAGUACGAGGAAGAGGACGUCGAAGAAAGUGAGGAAGAAGCGGAAACGGUCACUCCGGCGAUCCCCGUCACUGUGCCCGAAGAACCCGCCAAGGUGGACGUUGAGAAGGCCGUGGUCGCUAGCGGGGACGUGGACGACGAAGCGAAGAAACCCACGGUUGAAGGAGAACCAGAGAAGCAGCCAAUCGCCGAUAUUCCCACCGCUGAUGAUAAACUGGUGAAACCAAAGCCCAAGAAGGUUCGCAAGCGCAUCGAGCGACCGAUCAAGCGGCGCCUCCAAAUCCACGAUCCCGAUCUGGAGAAGGAAAUCAACAACCUGCUCAAGACGGGUCUGAAGAACCAGGCGCAAACGCUGAAGCUCUGUCGACUGAUGGUUCGCGCCAAGGACAUCAAAUCCCGCAGCCGGCUGCUCACGCUGUUGCAAAGUGGCGAACUGCCGUGUCGGCGUCUCUUCCUGGACUACCACGGGUUGCGCUUGCUGUACGGUUGGAUCUGCGAGUCCACCGAGUCCAUUGAGGAUCUCAAGUUCCGCAUCCAAAUCCUGGACACGCUGGACCAUCUGCCCAUCCCGAACAAAACUAUGCUAAAGGACAGCAAGAUUCUGCAGACGAUCGAAAAGUGGGCCAAGAUCGAGAAGAUCAAGGAGAAGGAGAAGGAAAAGCCAGUCGAGAAGGAGAAGGAAACUUCCAGCACCAGCUCGCCGAGUGACAGUAACGGCGGUGGCAGCGACAGCAACACCAGUUCCGACAAGAAACAGGAAGUCGUUGGCAGUGCGGAGGUGCUCAAGAAUAUGCCGGAGCUGCUGAAACUGGCCGAUCUUGGAAAACUCAAGGAAAUCAUCAGCAGUGCGUGCACGGAGAAGGACGCCGAAAAGGAGAAACCCACUGCUGAGGUGAUUCCAUCGGCAGUCGCUUUGAUGGACUCGAUUGCGAUUCCGGAACCGGAAGAUGAAAACGCACCGGAGGAGAAACGACUGGGCACGCAGAUUCGAAUCCUGUGCUGCAAACUGCUCAUCAGCUGGAUCAAUCUCAAGGAAGUGUUCCGUAUCCCGAAGAAGGAGCGAAUCGAACAGAUGAAGGAACACGAGCGUGAGGCCGAUCUUCGAUACAAAGCACUCGGGCUGGGUGAUGACGAAGACGCGUCCCAGCGGCAGCACUCUUCGAGUCGCUUCCUCCAGGAUCGUUCGGUGGACCGAUCACGUGAGCUGAAACGCCGCAAGUCGAUGGACGAUCGCGAACUGCUGAACUUCCACAAACGGAAUCGAUCCCUCUCCACAGCCAUCGCGAUGCCCAAAAUGGACAACCUGUCGAAGCAGCAGCGUCGGCAUCUGUUCGAGAUGAAGGUCGCCCACGAGGAAGCCGAACGGCGCAACAAGGAACUGUGGAUGCAGCAUGAAAACAACUGCAUGAAGUUUGGGCUGAACCCACACAUGACCGCACCCCAUGACGUUCCGGCCAAGAUGAAUCCCGCCACGGGCGAGUACUUCUCCGCGGACGAUCGCCUCCUGCCAACACCGCCCAGUCACAUGUACUUCAAAGUGUUGCCCCCGCCCAUGCCCACCAAUCCGGACGACUACGAGCUACCUCCGAUGGACUUGCCGCCGCUGUGGAAGUUUGCCAUCGACGAACGCGGCCGGUUGUACUAUUACCACGUGAAGCUACGCGUGCCCCAGUGGGAACCACCGAAGAAGGUCAACCCGAACCGGACGGGUCAAGGACUGCGCGACGAGGAUAUCUCGAUGAGUUCGGACUCGAGCACAACCGACACCGAGGACUCCGAGGAGGAGUACCUGAACGUGCAGCUCGAGGGGCUGCUGAAGAAAAAGAAAAAGCAACAGUCCUGCUUCAAUCUGGACGACGUGCUGGCCAAACCGGACGACAUGAACGAUGACCUGUCGAAAACGAUCAAGAAUCUGGAGGCGGGCGAUUCGUCCCCGCAGGCCAGCAGCAGCGGCGAGAAGCUGCUGUCGGAGUCGCUCGAAAAGACGGCCGAAGAGCUGAUGCAGCACCGCAAGCGCAAACACAGCAACAAACUGGUCCAGGAGCGGGUCAUCAGCCCACGCACGGAGGAGGACAAGCUGUACGGUCAGAUGGAGAUGAAGCGCUACAAGGAAACCAAAGAAAAGCUCCGCCGACGCAAGGAAGAGGCCAAACGGAUGCGGGCGCGCAGCAUGCUGGACAAGUCGCUGGACAGUCCGUUCAGCAGCUCGUUUGCUUCGACCUCGGCGAGUGCGGCCGAAGUGGACGACACAGAUCUGAUGGUGUCGCACAAGAUCGUCGAGGACAAGUGCAUCGUGGACGAGUUGGACGUGCUGACGAAGAAGAAGAAAAUCUCCCCGUACGAGGAGUGGCAAAAGGUCAAGCAACGGCUGGGCAAGAAGCGCGCCGCGAAGCUGGCCGAGGCAGGUGGCGGUGGCAGCGAUGGAAGUGGCGCGUCGAGUUCGUUCCGGUCAAGCCCGUCUGGAGGCGCGGGCAGCAGCAGUUCGUCCAAGAUUGGAAAACGGAAAAAGUUGGACCUGAACAGCGAAGAGGCGAAGAAGAUCAAGGAAAAGUUCCGCGGCGAAAUCGCCGGGGUUAUUGUGCAAAAUCUGGGAGCGUACCGCAAGGACACCUGCCAAAACGGUCGCAUCACCAACACGGAAGACUUUAAGCAUUUAGCCAGAAAGCUCACGCAUUUCGUCCUUCUGAAGGAGCUGAAGCACUGCGACAACACAAUCAACGAACUGACCGUGUCGGACUCGGUGCGGACCAAAGCCCGCGAGUUUAUCAAAAAGUACAUGGCCAAGCACGGCAGCGUGUACGUGCGCGGCGAAAACGAACCCGACUACGCCAACAUUAAUCUCUGAGAGGAGGCCAAGGUGAGGGCGACAGCGGGAGUGCAACCGGCGGCGGCGCCGGUUCGGGCAUCCGCUGCGUCCGCACCGGGUUCGAAUGUAGACUAGAUUUUAAUAUAUAUGCUAACGUUGAAUGUAUGAAGCUAGUACAUUAGGAUAAUUGAUUUUAAAAAUCUGCGAUUGUGAACUCUGCGUUCACCGAAAUAAAUUUAAUGAAAUUUAA